AUGGGAAGCUCUAAGAAAUCUGGAAAACCUAGGGAUGAUUUGCCGGUCUCGGUGGAGAGCUCAGACAGCGAAAUUGAGGAGAACGGGGACGGUGAGUCUGAUGUUGAACUUGCGGAUGGAGACGCCCCUGAGUGCGACAAUUCCACUGAACCCUCCACCCCGUGCAAGUCCAGCAAGGCUGCACCCCCGGAGACCCCCGACAGUAGAUCUUGCGACGGUGAGGAGCCGCCGCGGGAGGCGUCCGGCAAGCUCAGUCCGCCCAAAACCCUCAUCGGGGUCAUCGGCGAUAUCUGCGACCAGAUCAGAAAACCAUUCUCUUGGGCUGACCGAAACGGUCCCGGUUUUGCCUAUGUCUUCUAUGACCCGUCUGACGACGGUGACAUGUACAAGAUAGGCCAGUCAACACGCGUUCUCGAACGUGAAAAUUACUAUAAGAACAAGUGUCAGAUUAAAGGGUGGGAAAUAACAUCGCGACCCCGCAUUGAAGCAAUUUGGGGACAUGAACGCCUCGAAAAGCUCGCCCAGAAGCAGCUGGGAAACUUCAACUUCAAAUUCGACUGUUUCUGCCACACAGAACACGAGGAAUUUUUCAUGGGAAAUAAGGAGACCGCACUAGCCGUCCUGGAGCUUUGGACCAAAUGGCUUUGGCAGAGUCCCUACGAUGACCAUGGGAGUCUGAAGCCAUUCUGGGAGGAUCGUCUUAAGCUGUUGGAGCCGAUGUAUUUCUCUGCCUUCAACUGCGGCAAGCACGACUGUCCUUCCAGGGGCGAAUCUGCCCCGGCGUGCCAGGAGUGCCUGAUGGAAGGAUGGAAAGCAUGGACGACUGCUACUAUCUCUGACGAACCCGGCUUGGUCACCAAUGGGGUACUGUCCGCAUCCAAACCCGCCAGCCAGGCACAAUUCCCGUGGCCCAUGGUCUUUUGGCGGGCAUUUCUUUUCCUAUGUUUCCUCUACGUGCCCGUGCUCGGCGCUGGGAACAUUUACCUUGUGUCCUGCCUGUUGGAGGGCGGUUUAGCCCUCGGAUUUUAUCCCACUCCACAGCUGCGAGCGCAACAGAUAAUUAGUGAAUCGGCAGUACACCAGAUGUUGAGUCCAUUGGGAAAGGUGCUGCAACUGGGCAAUGCUGGUGUUGUCAAUCAGAAAAAGAAUUCCCCGAAAGGAAAGCAACCGGUGGCCCACAACACAUCGUCGCUGGAGACCCCGUCGCGGUCACUGUCGCGGAUCCGAUCACCUCCCCUGAUGGAUGCCUCCCCGCCUAGUCCUAGUGUGGAAGCUGCUAGGAGAAAGAAAGGGUCUACAAAAAGCGCUCCGCGGCAAAGCUCUCCGUCGCCGGGUGCAACCCUCACAGCAUCUACCUCUUUAAGCUUGUCAUCGGACCGAACGGAGAUAACUACAGCCUGCUAG